ACAUCACGACAAUACUUGUGAUCCUACUGAUCCAAAUUGUAACCUGGUGAAGAGACAUCACGAUAGUACUUGUGAUCAUACUGAUCCAAAUUGUGACCUGGUGAAAAGACAUCAUGACAAUACUUGUGAUCCUACUGAUCCAAAUUGUAACCUGGUGAAAAGACAUCACGACAAUACUUGUGAUCCUACUGAUCCAAAUUGUAACCUGGUGAAGAGACAUCAUGACAGUACUUGUGAUUCUUCUGAUUCAAUUUGUUUGUGA